AUGAUCGAGCGCUUCUCCCAAAUCCCCGGCGGCGUCGACACCAACGAGUGGCUGGCGACGCAUACCCUCGCCCUGUUCGACCACGUCAACGCGUUAUGUGGCAGCAUAUCGGAAUUAUGCACGCCGGUGACGUGUCCGGCAAUGUCGUUUCCCGGCACGAGCAAAGCCAUCUUCGUGGACGAGCGAGGGAAACGGCACACCUACACGGCUCCCCAAUACAUCGAUUGCGUGAUGUCAUUUUGCGAGCAAAACUCUAAAAACGAGGACUUCUUCCCUACCAGAUACGGUUCAACAUUUUCGGGUGACUUCCAAGGGCACUGCCGACGGGUAAUACGGCUACUAUGGCAAUGCUGUGGCCAUUUGUACACAAAUCAUUGGGAUCAGAUGGGCGUUCUCGACCUUCGGCCACAAUGCGCAAUGGUGCUGGCGCACAUGUCGCAGAUCAGCAAAAUCUUUGGACUGCUCGAGCCCAAGGAUCAGCAGCUGGUCAACAACACCGUGCAGCUGAUCCGUCCCGCCUACGUCCCAGUGAUGCCACUCUCAACGAGGAGCCCCUCAACACUACCACUAGGCGCGGAACCCCCACGCUACUCCCGGGUCCCCUCAUCAAAAUCAGGGUCCUGGGGCGGUCACCCGACCACCCAAGUAUUAUCCGCCAAACCCUAUGCCCAGACGUGU